CUAUGACGUACUUCCGGCUUCUCUGCCUGUGUAGAUCUUGAACAUUGUCGAUGCAAUUGGCGAAUUUUGUUUUUCUCCCAAUUUAGUUCUUGACGGCAUCCGCUUAAGUGUUACGAAAAGGCUUUUGGGACCGCGAUAAUAAAACUUUCUCGUUGCAUGUUGUUUCAAGAAUCCUCCUGCAUGUUUUAAAUGAGCUUUAUUUGGUCCUCCUGCGAUGCAGUCACUGUCCGGGGAGAUCCAGGGCUUCUCCAAAAGCCGCCUGAGGAAACAGUGCACUCGCGUUACCACGGUGACGGGCAGGAAGCUGUUGGAGAGGACCACCGAUGGUGGCACACAGGUGGAGGAGCUGGAGGACGCAAACGGAUGCGGAUUUGUGGAGGAUAAAAGUCUGGACCUUCAAGUUGGAGUGGUUCGACCCUUCUUACUGCUGGCUUCUCAGGAUGCGGCCCACGACAUGGACACCUUGCAGAGAUAUCAGGUGUCGCACGUGCUCAACGUGGCCUACGGAGUGGCCAACCCCUUCCCCGAUCAGCUGCUCUACAAGACCGUCCAGAUCCUGGACCUCCCGGAAACGGACAUCACUUCAUAUGUGAAUGAGUGCGGCUCCUUUAUCGAGCAGGCCCGGGAACAGGAUGGCGUGGUCCUCGUUCACUGCAAUGCCGGCGUGUCCCGCUCUUCCUCCAUCGUCACGGCCUACUUGAUGUGGAGAGAAGGGCUUCUGUUCGACGAGGCCUUCCGCCAGGUGAAGCUGGCCAGGCCUUCAAGUCGACCCAACUCGGGAUUCUACCGCCAGUUGCAGAACUACAGACCAUGAGCCCUGUGUUCACUUUCAAUUCCCCCUCAGGGUGUUUUUUUUUUUUUUUUUUUUUUUAAGUCCUACGGCGCCAAUUCACAACCGAAGUUGUCCUUUCCAUACGGAGAGGGUCAAGAAGCAUGCUCCCCGUACGUUUGGAUAACAACUGAACCCCACAUGAGCAAGCGCUAGGGCAGGCCAUGGGGGCAAGAAAGAAGUCCAAGGAAGAAACCUCCAACAAGUCAAGUCAAAGGUGAGACUGGGCUUCUCCAACUUUUUGGGUCCAGGGAGCCCAUAAGGGGAGACAAUUUAAUAAGGAACCCCCUCCCCCGACCCCCACCCUCCACCACCCCUGAUAACAUUAAUGGCCAUCAAACGUAACCCUGUGUGCUGUACCUCCAAAAGGCCCCGAAGUUGCCUAUUUUCGAGAAAAACAUUUUUGUGUCAUGAUGGGGAAAAGCUGUUUUUUUUUUUUUUUUGGUUUUUUUUUUUAAGAGAAACGUUGCGCUGUGAUGAAAAUAAAGUGACUUUUUUUUCCCCCAAAGAAGAAAAAAUGCGCACCCUGUACGUGCGUGAGGUGCGGGUGCGUGCACGUGUGCCAGAAACACAGAAAACAUCUCCCAAUGAGAGAUGCUCGUAGCUUAUCAUCUCAAAUAUAUAUCUUCUCUUGUUA